CCGACCGGGUCGGCGGCGUCUCCAGUUCUAAAUAGCAUCCUUCGGACUUGGCCCCGCGGCCCCACUCCCCGAUCUCGGUGCUGCCUGGGCUCUGGCAUCCUCUCCCUAGGUGUCCUCCAAACGAUCACCUCACGGAUUCCUUAUGGAUCGCAGCUCCAAGAGGAGGCAGGUGAAGCCUUUGGCAGCUUCUCUGCUAGAAGCUCUCGAUUACGAUAGUUCAGAUGACAGUGAUUUUAAAGUUGGAGAUGCUUCAGAUUCUGAAGGGAGUGGUAAUGGAAGUGAAGACCCAUCAAAGGACAGUGGCGAAGGCUCCUGUAGUGAUUCUGAAGAAAAUAUUUUAGAGGAGGAACUAAAUGAAGGUAUUAAAAUAAAAGAAGAACAAAUAAAAAAUUCUGUGGAGGAAGAAAUACUCUCAUCAGAAAAACAGUUAAUUAAAAUGGAAAAAAAGGAGGAGGAAGAGAAUGGCGAAAGACCCAGGAAGAAAAAGGAGAAGGAGAAGGAGAGUGAAAAGGAAGCAGACAAAGCCACAGUGUCUGAUAGCACGGCAGCUCCUGCUGCUGCCCCUGCCUCUGCCCCGAGCCCUCAGGCCGUUAAUGCAUCUCCGUCUGUCCCCAACACGACACCCGCCACCGAAGAGCAAGUUAGUGAGCCCAAAAAGUGGAACCUCCGUCGAAACCGACCGCUGUUGGAUUUUGUGUCCAUGGAAGAGCUGAACGACAUGGAUGACUAUGACAGCGAGGAUGACAAUGAUUGGCGACCCACUGUAGCAAAGAGAAAGGGAAGAUCUGCCUCCCAUAGAGAGGGGAGUGAUGGAGACAAUGAUGAUGAUGAAGACGAGGGAAGUGGGAGUGAUGAGGAUGAGAAUGACGAAGGCCAUGAUGAUGAUCAUAGCAGUCCUGCCAGUGAGGUUUGCAAGAAGAAGAAGAGCAAAGUUCUUAGCAGAAACAGUGCUGAUGACGAAGAACUGACCAAUGAUAGCCUGACACUUUCUCAAAGCAAGAGUAAUGAGGACUCGCUGAUUCUUGAGAAGAGUCAAAACUGGAGUUCUCAAAAAAUGGACCACAUUCUGAUUUGCUGUGUUUGUCUUGGCGAUAACAGCGAAGAUGCUGAUGAAAUAAUCCAAUGUGACAAUUGUGGCAUCACAGUCCAUGAAGGUUGCUAUGGCGUUGAUGGAGAAAGUGACUCUAUUAUGAGCUCUGCUUCUGAAAACUCCACUGAACCCUGGUUUUGUGAUGCCUGUAAAUGUGGCGUUUCCCCUAGUUGUGAACUGUGCCCGAAUCAGGAUGGAAUUUUCAAGGAGACAGAUGCUGGAAGAUGGGUUCACAUUGUUUGUGCCCUGUAUGUGCCUGGAGUGGCCUUUGGAGAUAUUGACAAGUUACGUCCAGUGACACUGACGGAAAUGAACUAUUCCAAAUAUGGUGCCAAGGAAUGUAGCUUCUGUGAAGACCCUCGUUUUGCUAGAACUGGAGUUUGCAUCAGCUGCGAUGCAGGGAUGUGCCGAGCCUAUUUUCAUGUUACCUGUGCCCAGAAGGAAGGGUUGCUUUCAGAGGCGGCAGCAGAAGAGGAUAUAGCAGAUCCAUUUUUUGCUUAUUGUAAGCAGCACGCAGAUAGGUUAGACAGAAAGUGGAAGAGAAAAAAUUACUUGGCUCUACAAUCCUAUUGUAAAAUGUCUUUGCAAGAGAGAGAGAAACAACUGUCGCCAGAAGCACAGGCAAGGAUCAAUGCCCGGCUUCAACAAUAUCGCGCCAAAGCAGAGCUAGCUCGAUCAACUAGGCCGCAGGCCUGGGUUCCAAGGGAAAAACUGCCCAGACCACUCACUAGUAGUGCUUCAGCCAUUCGUAAACUGAUGCGGAAAGCAGAGCUAAUGGGUAUCAGCACAGAUAUCUUCCCAGUGGACAAUUCAGAUACUAGUUCUAGUGUGGAUGGAAGGAGAAAACAUAAACAACCAGCUCUCACUGCUGAUUUUGUGAAUUAUUAUUUUGAGAGAAAUAUGCGCAUGAUUCAAAUUCAGGAAAAUAUGGCUGAACAAAAGAAUAUAAAGGAUAAAUUAGAGAAUGAACAAGAAAAGCUUCAUGUGGAAUAUAAUAAGUUAUGCGAAUCUUUAGAAGAGCUGCAGAAUCUGAAUGGAAAACUUCGAAGCGAAGGUCAAGGCAUAUGGGCCUUGCUUGGCAGAAUCACAGGCCAGAAGUUGAACAUACCAGCUAUUUUGCGAGCACCAAAAGAGAGAAAACCAAGUAAAAAGGAAGGAGGCACACAAAAAACAUCUACUCUUCCAGCAGUGCUUUAUAGUUGUGGGAUUUGUAAGAAGAACCAUGAUCAGCACCUUCUCCUGUUGUGUGACACUUGCAAACUCCACUACCACCUUGGGUGUUUGGACCCCCCUCUAACACGGAUGCCAAGGAAGACCAAAAACAGUUACUGGCAGUGCUCAGAAUGUGACCAAGCGGGCAGUAGUGACAUGGAAGCAGACAUGGCCAUGGAAACCUUACCAGAUGGGACCAAACGAUCAAGGAGGCAGAUUAAGGAACCAGUGAAAUUUGUUCCACAGGAUGUACCCCCAGAACCCAAGAAGAUUCCCAUAAGAAACACGAGAACCAGAGGACGGAAACGAAGCUUCGCGCAUGAGGACGAGAAACAUGAGGAGAGAGCUCCUAGGGAAAGAAGACAAAGGCAGUCUGUAUUACAAAAGAAGCCCAAGGCUGAGGAUUUAAGAACUGAAUGUGCAACUUGCAAGGGAACUGGAGACAAUGAAAACCUUGUCAGGUGUGAUGAAUGCAGACUCUGCUACCAUUUUGGCUGUUUGGAUCCCCCUUUGAAAAAGUCUCCCAAGCAAACAGGCUAUGGAUGGAUAUGUCAGGAGUGCGACUCCUCGUCUUCUAAGGUGAGAAGGAGCCAGAUUAUUUUCAAGGAAGAGCACCUGCAGUUCUCGGUGGGAGUCUGAGCCAAGGGACCACCACAUCCUGAGAUAUCACUCAUUGAUGUCACCUUUAAAAAGAUCAGAUUGUGACGGCUGCACAUACUGGUGGCUCUGAACCUUUUUGAUGUACUUGCAAUUUUAAACUAGCCUCAUUUCUACUCCACAGGCGUUGUUUGGCACUUACUGCAUGUCACAUCCUGCUCCAGACUGAGGACAAAAGAAAACAAAGCUGAACUCAUUACUGCUGUGUCUCGCGGCAGCCCCAUGUGGUACAGAGAACAAGGGCCCCACGGAGUUUUCUCUACAAACGCUUAGUCAGGUCUUCCUUCUGGGAAGCUAUGGGUGGGUUCCACCCUUAAGCUAGUAGUGGCGUGUACAUGUAUUUGAAAACCGGGGACCUUAGGGACUAUAAAGGGGAAAGCAUGUUCGUAUGCAGUUUACAACCUACUUGGGGAAAUAAGUAUAUAAUCCGUAAAUUACAAUAUAGCAUGUUAAUGGCAACAAAGGCCAGCAGGAAAAACACAUGGUUGUCUUCAUACCUGGAAAACAUGUCCCAUGCAUCGCUCUUAAUUGUGCUGAAGGAAUCUGCUACACGGAGAUCAUCCCAGGAUUAUUUGGAAGUGUUGUAAAAUCAAAACUUAACAGUGGUCUUGGGGGAAAAGGAAAUCACUGUAGAACUUUGUGACUACUCAGUUGUGAAAUGCAUUUUCCAUUCUGAAUAACUCCUGGCUUCUCUGAUUAACAUUGUGAUAAAACAUCAGUGUUCUCUUGAGGAGUCUCUAAAUUAGUUCAUUGAGAAUGCUUAUCUGAAUAUUGUAUAAGAAAUAAGUAAUUAUAUUUGGAUUGUUCACAAAAAUUUCUUAAGGAGCUUUGAGGAUAAGAGUAUUGGCUAUCAAUUAGUAAACAAGAGAGCCCUGCUCUUUGUAUGUAUCGGUAAAGAUCAUUCAAUUCUUCCUUUCCAUUCUAAGGUCUUUCAUACUUAAAAAUCUUUUAUGUUUAUGCUACCACUGUGGAUAAAUCACAUGGAAAAACAAUAGAUCUGCAUAUCUCAAUUAUUUGUGGAAAGGUAAAUACAUCCAGUAGAUUAAGCUAAGUGGAAUAAGCAUGUAUAUAACUUUAGUUAUUUUUAUUUUACUAUUUUAACACUGCCCAGAUUUCUUAAAUUUACCAGUAAAGAGAAAGGCAAUAGGUAUCACUAGGAUCAUGUUCAGUUAGAAAACCUGAAUUAAAAAGUAGUAUCUCAGAAGUUGUAUAGCAAUUUUUUGUCCUCUAGUGUGACGUUUACAACAUUUCAAAAUAUGGACACUUUCUUGUUUUCCCAAAGGCUUGGAGUGGAACUCUGAAGCAAUUCUUCCUGGUACGGUUAUGGCCAAUGAAAUCCAGGGACAGACUAGAAUUUGUAAAAUGUGGGUACCUGGAACAAUACCUAGAAUAGGAAAAUUAUGGUUUGCCUUCCUGAUAAAAACACAACCUCCCCUUUCGAAAGCCAGGGUAGUGUGUGUGUUGCAUAAUAAUCAAAACUCGAGUCUCAAACAAAGAAGCCCUGCUCAAAGAUGACAGUGAACAGAGUGUCUGUCACUCUCCAAGGUCCUGGCAACAAUGCAAUCCGCUCAUCAAGCUCUGGAAAGGCUUGAGCUUGGGUGAGCGGUGAGAUGCGCCCAAGAAAGUGUAGUAUUUCCAAGAAAGGAUUAUGAGGCAUACCCAAGAAAGUGUUAACAAUGGGGAAAUGGGGAACCCUGACAGCUGAAUUUCAGAAGGCAACAGCAUGUGCCACCUCAAGAAAGUAUUUGCAAGUGGGAAAAUUAAAAAUGGAAUUUUAGAAAGUGACAGGAUGCAAGAUCGGACUCUCUCACUGUCUUUGAACUGUUGACUGAUUUAAAGCAUUUGCGUAACUAAAGGAAUAUAGAUUAUCACUAUAAACUUAGCUGUAUUACACUCAACUGAAAGAUUAUAUACCAUGUCUAUGAUUUUAGCCAAAAGGUCACAUAUCAUGUUUAUACCUGAAUGGUUCUCUUUGUAUAUUAACCCUUCCUGUUGAUCCCUCAGGAUGGCUUGGGAGGGACUUGACACAUGUCCAGCAGUGAUAGCAAGAUUCGACCUCUGAUUCAGAAUGACUUGCCAACAGGAAAGGCCAUCCCAUAAUAAGUUCAAUGCACCAUCUCAGGGCCCCUUACAAUAUUAAACCACCUUGCGAGAUGGAUGUGAGCACACCCUAUUACCAUGACCUCACCUGUGGGCCGGGCUUCUUGGAAUUUCCCCAUUCAAAAUUAAUAUGCAUUACUCCAGUAAGCAUACAACAUUAUAUGAAACUCCCUUAGUUCCAACUAGUCAGAGUCCCAGUAUCCUUGCUCUCUGUCCCAGAGGGAACUCCUCAUGAAGGUUCUUAACCGUAGUAAAGGUGUUCAUGCUUGAGAGAGUUUCUACUGUUGUCUUUUAGAGCGGCAUCUGGUUAGAGGCUCAUGGGGCCUUUUUGAAGGCCAUCAAUUCAUACUUUCCUUUAUUCCCUUAUCAUUCCGGAUGCCCACACACUGCAAUUCCCAGUCUGUUCCAGUUUCCCUUUGUUGGCCUUAACUGAACCAGGAAGAACCCGAUAGAAUCCUACUUUGGCGUUAGCCUUGCUCCAUCUACUGGACAACUUUAGGGUUUGCAUAUGCUCUGAGACCAAAAUCAAACUCCUCGCUGUGGAGGUCAUUGCCUUCUAGGGACACUAUAAAACAGAGUAAAACUGCCCCUUCGGGUUUCUGAGGCUUAAAAUCUUCACAGGAGUAGAAAUCCCCAUCAUUCUUUUGUGGAGCUACUGGUGGAUUUGAACUGUGACCUUGUGUUUUUUAGCCCAAUGCUCAACUCACUGUGCCACCAGGGCUCCUUCUGUCCUAAGGCAGCAAUAGGUUUUGUGGUUAGUCAGUGCUAAUUCCUGGAUAUCUUUGGGAUAUGAACAGAUUCAUAUUUAAUAUUUAUUAUGUUACUGGCCAUGGCUGCGUGUCCCUGGGGUUUUAUUUUAAAUAUGGUUUAUCUUUCUCUGUGCUCGCUGCCAAUAAAACAAACAAGUCCAAAAACCCAACUGCCACUGAGUCAAUUCAGACUUCUAGCCCUAC